GGAAAGUUGUUGUUCGUUCAAAUCAACCAAGUUUAAAUUAUUUCCAUUUAAAGGAUUAUUACUCAGAUUUAUUGAUUCUAAAUUAGGAAAAGAAGCAAGCAGAGAAAAAUCCACCUCCCCUAUCUCAUUACCAAACAAAUUAAGUGAUUUUAACUUGUCUUUGUGGGGCAAAUUGGCUAAUCAAUCCAAAUUUUUAAGUUUAUUUUUGGAAGCAUUAAUACUUUCUAAAUCAUUAUUUUGGCUUAAAUUUAAACUGAAUAUGGAAAAAAAUUUUGUGGUAGAAAGCGAAUUAAAGGUCGAAAAACCUCUAACACUGGAACAAAUUAAAGACAUAAUAGAAAAACAAGAUUUUAACCGCUUUUAUCGUAGUUCUGAAAUAGAAGAAAAAUAUCAGAAAGAUCAAAAAGAUAAAGAAAUGUUAAUCCCUACUAAAUUAAAAGAAAUUAUAGAACUAAAACAUUAUGAGAAAAGCAAUAAUACUGAACGCUGA